AUGCGGAAAUUGAGCAAAAAUCAAAUAAUUUUCCGCGUUUUUCACGCUCAGUUGAUUGAACAGUCGAUUAAAUUCAAGCAACAAAUGAUGAAGUCUGCUGAAAGUGAUGAAAAUUCUUCACAAAGAGUUCGAAAAACUGGAAGAUCUUCAAUAAGCUCAAUCCCUCCACCAAAUCCCGUAAUCGUUCGAAGCUCAAAAGAAAAUUCUGCUAAAAACAAAGCUUUAGAAGAAGCUACAAAAAAGAGUGAAAAUCUUUGUGAUGUGUUGUGUAAUUCUUAUAAGUUUGUGGUAAAUUAUGGAGUGUUUGAAUCAAAUUUCGAGUGGAUGCCAUGCGAGAUUUUAAUUCGAAUAUUUGAAUAUUUGAACACGCGUGAUUUGUUGACUGUGGGUCUGGUUUGCCGACAAUGGAUGGAAGCAACUCAAUAUUUUCGAUUAAUGAGAAAAGUUCUUCUUCAUUUUCAAGUGUUCAAAUACUCUGAUACAAGUUUUCCAAUGAAUCGCUUUGUUAAUUGUUCGAGACUCUUUCCGAAUAUAAAAUUUUCGAUUGUGAAAUUCUCAGCGAAGAAUCACAAUUUCUGGGAUGAUUAUGGGGAUAUGGUUGAAGAAUUAACAUUUAAUUCAUGCAUGAUUAACAAAUCGGAAUUUCUUCACAUCAUCAGAUUAUGUCCACAUCUGAAGUCACUAAGUAUAACAAGAUGUGAAGAUUUAUAUAAAUCUUGGACUGUUGUUAAGAAAUUGUCACAAGUCAAGCUCAAAUUUCAUCAAAUGAAAACGCUUGCAAUUCGAGAUACUUCGUUGUUAACAAAAAAGAUUCUUGACUUCUUAACGACAUCGGCUCCAAAUCUUACAUCGAUAACAAUCGCUAAUUGUUUAGGAAACACGAAACUUCAAGAUCGAGAUUCAAUAUUAAAUUCAUUGGCUGACUAUGUUGAAUUGAAAUCCGAACAAAUAAAAGUGCUUAACCUUGGAAACACUCCAAUCGAUGAACCUUUCUUAGUGAAGUUGGGAGAUAUAAAAAAACUCAAACUACACGAGCUUUGUUUUACAUUCAAUGGAGUUGUGGCGACUAUUGGGAAAUCUGGCAUUUUGACUUUAUUGCGUAAUCAACAGGAUCUCAAGAUUUUAGACGUAACAGACAGCAAAGGUUUAUCAAACUUUUGUCUGAUAGAAAUAUGUCGAAAUAUGAAAGGCUUGAAGAAACUUAUUCUGAAUAAGUGUUGGUUAAUUAAUGAUGCUGGCUUGAAAGAAGUUGGAAGGCUUCUUCAUUUAGAAGUGUUGGACAUUUCAUCUUGUGAUAGAGUCACGGACUUAGGAUUGCUUGAAGGUUUGAUUCCGCAUGGCAAAAAGUUUUACAAACUCAAGGAAUUGUAUCUCGCUUUACUUCCAUAUAUGUCAAUAUUAGCAAUUUAUCGAUUAGCGCAACAAUAUGACGAACUGGAAGUCCUUGACCUUUCCGGCAGUUCCAAUUCAAUCACAGACGAGACACUUCAAAUGAUUUUUCGUCACCAACCAAAGUUGAAGUAUUUGAAUCUCGACUGUUGUGCAAAAAUCACAAAUUUUGGGAUUGCUGGCCUUUCAGAUCAAAGCAAUGAAGAGAAUUACAAUUAUCGUGUUUUGUAUAACAUCAAUUAUUUGAAGGAGCUUCGAUAUUUGAACUUGGGGGGUUGCUAUCAACUAAGCGAUAUCUCAUUCAUCAAUGCUUUUGACCUUCCCCAUCUAAAAGAAAUUAAUUUGUCGCGCUGUCACAAUGUGACAGCAAAUGGAAUCAAAUAUUUGUGUAAGAAAUGUCCUAAGAUUGAGAUUAUCGACCUCUCUGAAUGUUACCAUGUUCUUGACUCUACUGUGGGGCUAAUAACAAAAGAAAUCAUUCGAUUAGAAUCUUUGAAGCUUAAUGGCUGCACACAAAUAACCGACGACAUCUUCGAUGAUAUCGCUUGUAAUUGUAAAUAUUUGAAGACUCUUUACAUCAGACGUUGUCCUAAAAUCCAAACAAAUCCCUUCGAAGUAUUGAAGAACGUUCGCUACAUUUAUUAUCAAUAAUUGUUCAAUAAAUUUAAUAAAAUGUUUUAUCAUAUCAACAAUGGUAGCAAUAGUGUUAACAUUCUCAGUUAAUUAUCACGAUUGUAAACAAAUACUCUUUUUGAUUUCACUCGAUUUGACCCAAUUUAAAAUUCAGAUUACUUUUGUUAUUGAGAAUGCAAAAAAGCAGCUGCAUACAAUUUCAGAAUGGAA